UUCAACACAUUUAUUGGGUGGUAUGGAAAGCUGCCAAUUUGAGUGGCUCCCUAGCAAGACAGUGCUCUGCAGCAAGUCCCUGCUGGGAUGCAAACUGUCUUGCUGUCUGGCCUUGUGUCUCAGCAGAUCCAAUGCUGCUAGUGUUCCUGGAAGAUAAAGACGCUGUGUGAAGUCUUAAGCAACCCUAACAGGUGAAUCACAGUGCAGAACCUCAGGAAUCUGGAGCAAGGCAAUUCCUUUGAUAGUAAGUAAUCUGAAAAGCAGCCUCUGGCAUGCACUGGGCCCAGUAGAGACUAAGAGUCUGGCCAUGUAACUCUAGUGAUAAUGCAACUAACUACAUCACGAGCUGGACACUGCCAGUUUUACCAAGCCAAAAUGUUAGGUGAGGAUAGCAGCAAUCCAUUAGAUAACGAUGAAGAGGAGUUAAGGUAAUGAAAUACCUCUGAAGUCAAAGAACAGUGACCAGAAGAACGUGGGUGGGAGAGUUGGAAGUUUCCCAAGAAAGACAAGCUCAGCAUAAUAUUAUCUUUUUCUGACUCCCUAACUGCUCUCUACCUGAAUUUCCUCUAUUAGGUGCAGAAUAGUAAUAUGCAGUCUUCCCCAGGUCAAAUUUAUGGAGUUAUCAUUGAUAACUUCUGCUCAUCAAAGGCAUCAUCUCUUAAAACAGAAUCUCUUUAAUCUGUGCCUUUCUUUGUGGCUACUGUCUUAAUUUUUUCAGCAUUUAUUUCUCACACGUUUUCCACAUUAUUGACAAGUGAUGUUUCUGCAUAUCUGAUCAUCCCAUUUAUUCUUCAGAUGUUUACUGAGCAUUUUCUAUGUAUCGUGCUCUGGGUUAGGCCCUGGAUAAAUAAUGUGAAGAAGAAAAAAGAGACACUGCUACUGGGCUCCUGGAAUUUGCAGUUUGGUGAAAAAGAUACAUGACAAAUCCUGCUUAAGAUCCUUCAGUGGUUCCUUGCUGUUUUCAGGAAGCCCAGAUGUCUUGACCGGGUUGCCUCUGUUUACCUCUACAGCAUCACCUCUAAUCAGCACCCUUUACUCUGCAGCCACAGUGCGUUUUCCCUUCUUCACAGCACCCUCCUCUCUGCGUAGGUAAAGUCUAUCAUCUUUUAAGGGUUCAGUCCAGGAAUCCACUUUUUCAGGAAGACUUCUGGACACUCUCUUCCCCCUUCCUCCGUAAUUCCAGCACACCUCAUGCCAUCACUAUCGUAUAGGUACCACGCUUUUUAUCCUGAUUCUCCGUUGUCUUGUCCACUGUCUCUACUCCACAGUGAACUCAACUUUGUGUCUUCAAUACUUAGUACAGUGAUUUCUAGUACUCGACAUUUUUUGUCAAAUGGAAUCGGAUAUAUAGAAAUACCCGCUGCCUCCCGCAAGAGCAGACAAGGCCAACCCAUCACUCCUGCACCCCGACAAAGGAACAACAGCACCGUGCUGCACGGCGUCCUCCGGCCUUGCUGCCUGGCAAUGGGUAGCCACCUAGCGUCUGUCUCAGAAGAGGACUCCGCGGCACGCCUCCUAGCGCAGUCGGUUGACACUGCAAGAAUGCGGGGAUGCCGGUGACCACGCGGUCCCAGACCGGCGCAAGGCGCACGCGUAGAACGCGAGCGCUCGGCAAAGCUCGGCUCGGAAGAGUCCAAGCGUGAGGGGAGAGGACUGUGGAUUCAGAUACUGUUUUUCUCCCGAAAUAGGAAAUUGGCUUAUUUUUUUUCCCCUCGACAGCAUCUUAAUUUAAAAUAUGACACUUGACCUACGGCCCUGCAGGGAGCGGUUAAGAGGGUGAGAGGCCCGCCAAAUUCUUUUUGGUGUUUAGGCGCUCCUCCUCCGGGCGGUGUGUUGGGAGGGCCCAGGUCAAGGCGCGCGUGGGCGGAAGCGGCGGCGGCGGCGGCGGCGGCGGCGGCUGUCAGAGCUGGAGGGCCGGGCACCGCGGCCAUGGAGGGUCAACGCUGGCUGCCGCUGGAGGCCAAUCCCGAGUUUCUCAAACAAUUAGGUCUGCAUCCUAACUGGCAAUUCGUCGAUGUAUAUGGAAUGGAUCCUGAACUCCUUAGCAUGGUACCAAGACCAGUCUGCGCAGUCUUACUUCUCUUUCCUAUUACAGAAAAGUAUGAAGUAUUCAGAACAGAAGAGGAAGAAAAAAUAAAAUCUCAGGGACAAGAUGUUACAUCAUCAGUAUAUUUCAUGAAGCAAACAAUCAGCAAUGCCUGUGGAACAAUUGGACUGAUUCAUGCUAUUGCAAACAAUAAAGACAAGAUGCACUUUGAAUCUGGGUCAACCUUGAAAAAAUUCCUGGAGGAAUCUGUGUCAAUGAGCCCUGAAGAACGAGCCAGAUACCUGGAGAACUAUGAUGCCAUCCGAGUUACUCAUGAGACCAGUGCCCAUGAAGGUCAGACUGAGUCCUCCUCGCCAUCCUCAUCACAGCCUCAUUCUAGCCACUGCAGAACGAAGGCCUCAUCAUUGUGUCACCAUGCAUCCCUGCCCUGGGUCAAACGUAACCAUGUAGGCCCUGCAAAGGCUACCAGUCCAUCUCUCCGUCUUCGUCGCUGGCGACCCUUCUUACGCCUACCAUCUUUGGGUCUCCAUUCUGUUGCGCCAAGUAUAGAUGAAAAAGUAGAUCUUCAUUUUAUUGCAUUAGUUCAUGUAGAUGGGCAUCUCUAUGAAUUAGAUGGGCGGAAACCAUUUCCAAUUAACCAUGGUGAAACUAGUGAUGAAACUUUAUUAGAGGAUGCCAUAGAAGUUUGCAAGAAGUUUAUGGAGCGUGACCCUGAUGAACUAAGAUUUAAUGCGAUUGCUCUUUCUGCAGCAUAGCUUGUCAAUAAUGGAAACACCAAAAACUGUAUUAUUUGCAACUAAAUUUUCUCUGCCAUACACUAACUCAAAAAUUUUGAUAUUUUCAUUAACUUGAUGAUUAAACUUUAUGUGAGUUAAA